CACUCGCGGCUGGCUUGACAGUGUUUUUCUGAAGUCCGGCUGGCUUGACCACAGUGUUUUACUCCCAGGCGGUGAACGGUAUCCACAGCGUCCGGUAGUUUUUCUUUCGCUUCUGGCAGAAGCUGCUGGCAAACGUUGAUGAUCUUACCUGGGACAUCUUCUCUCUCACUUUCAGAGACCCCGUGAACUCUGAGACUCCAACGACGUGAGUAAUCUUCAAGAUACAGAAGCAGUUUUUCCUCUUCAUGCCAGUUAAACUCGACUCUUUUGGCCAGUGUCUCAGUCGGACCGACUUUCACUUUAAGAUCUUUUACUUCGGCGUCAAUCACAUCCUUCACUCCAGAAAUCUGUCUGGUAUUUUCGUUCAUUGUUUCUUUCAUACUAGCAACCACACGUGAGUUUCCCCCCACCAUUUUUCCAAAGCAUCCGAAUGAUUAUUAUUAUUAUAAUUAUAUAAUGUAUUAAUCAUCCUCGAGACCUCCCGAAGUUCUGUCUUGUGUUGUUUGAUGGCAGGAGACUUACACGGGGUUUCUGGAAGACAGGGACAUUCUUUCCUCACACAGCAUGAAUUCAGUAUCAGUAUCAUGGCUUAUGUAAUGCAUGUUCUUCAUCAGAAGUUCUUUUCGGGCUUAACUUAACUCAGUACCGUUUUUGUUAGUAUGAAAAGCAGCUUGUGUUCCAUGCUUACUUUUUAUGUUCUCUGAUUUUCCCAUUUUGGCAGCUACUACAAAUUUAACACUGGUUAAAUGUGAUCUGGUACUUAAUUAUUUUUUUCUAACUGCAUCACAAGACAAAAUAAACAGCUGAGUUUGUGCAGCUAAUCAAAGCACCAUCUUGGACCUCGCCCCUGGCCAACGAAAGCUGCCAUGAAUUCCAGACCUUCAGUCUCGAGACCUCCAGUCUAAAGGUCUGGUUAUGUGAGACUAGAGGCAGAUCAGAAUAAAAAUGUCACUUUUACCUAAAUCCUGUUUUCCUAAUGUUAUAUAAUGAUCUCUUAUCAGAUAGUUCUGUGAAUUGCCCCUCUACAAUCCCUCCUCCCUUUUUACUUCCUGCUUUCCACAGAUAUUUCCUGUUAUUGUUGAAAUGAGAGUGAUUUUAUCUUCUCUCUUACUCCUGCCCUCCCUUUCUUUCCCCUUGUUUUUCUCCCUCCUCCCAUCUGUGUUCUCUUUCUCUCUAUUCUCUAGGUCUAUGUCUCUUUACCUCAAUGUAUACAUGUAUACAUGCAUAUAGAGUUCAAUCGGUGAAGAAUGGUGGAGGACCUCUGUGGGCCCAGGUUACUGGGUUUAUUUUGUCCUUUACUGAAAGUUGAAGUUCAGUGCCAAAAUUAUUCCUUAUAUGUCCAGUAUUUGCUGAAUAUAUGCUUACCUCAGCUAACUUGUUGUUUUGGCUCAUACCCAACACAAAUGUAAUCCAUAUCUCACUGGAUAAACCAAUACACCACCCCUUGCAAUGCAACUAUUUAAUGUGUGAAUGUAAUAAUAAACUUUGAAGAAGUUAGUGGGCAGCUUAAAAGGCUUAAUGUUCAUACUUCUUUCCAUCUAACCAUGCAAGGAAUGAAAUGGUCAGAAGGCAUCAAAAGAUAAAGACAAAGAAAUGUGUUAAUUUAACACCUAACAACAAGCAAAGUGUAAUGUGUAGAGCAAAACAGUGCAGAAAAUUACAAUACUGGGAUCCAGGGUCAGUGGAGAAUGUGAGGAGUAGAUAACUUCUGCUUUCAAUUUCUCCUGAAGGACGUGUGUUUUUGAUAUCUUUAUUUUUACGCGAAUGAAGUGGUUUGGUUGCUGUUUCAUGUUGUCUGUGGUUGAUUUUAACAUUUGUGUUCAGAUAAGAUCAAGAUUGUGUGUUUGAGUGAGCGCUGUUUCUGGACUCUCAGGAUCCGUUCAGCUGAAUUAUUAGUUUGUCAUUUCCACACAGUGACAGAGUAAGUGCUGGAGAUCUCACUCUUCAUCAUGAGUCACACACAAACACCCCGAGAUCAGGAUUUCUCUCCAGGAUGCAGUUCAGUUGAUCAGAAGAGAUCAGAAGCAGAGCCCAGCUGUGUGUCUAUGAGGAGUGAUGAUUCUUUGCCUCAUCCAAUUAAUUUCAUGAAGUCUGACGAAUCUAGAGGUCAUCCUCAAAAUCUCAGUUCAGUUGAUCAGAAGAGAUCAGAAGCAGAGCCCAGCUGUGUGUCUAUGAGGAGUGAUGAUUCUUUGCAUCGUCCAAUUAAUUUUCACAGCAGUAACACAAGAUCAGUCCUCCAAAACAGAUCAGUAACAAAUCCCUUCUGUAAGAAAUAUGACCAGACUGUGAAUCAACCACAACACAACACGUAUCCUGGUGUGAGCCAUGAAGUCCUCAACACGUUGAGAUCAAAUCUGAAGCAGAAGUUUGAGCGUCUGUAUGAGGGAACAGCGACACAGAGAAACCCAACACUCCUGAAUGAGAUCUACACAGAGCUCUACAUCACAGAGAGUGAGAGUGGAGAGAUCAGUAAUGAACAUGAGGUGAGACAGAUUGAGACACAAUCCAGGAGAGAAGCAACAGAGGACACAGCCAUCAAAUGCACUGACAUCUUUAGACCUUUACCUGGACAAGACAAAGCCAUCAGAACUGUGCUGACAAAGGGAGUCGCUGGCAUUGGAAAAACAGUCUCUGUGCAGAAGUUGAUCCUGGACUGGGCUGAAGGGAAAGAGAAUCAGGACGUCCAGCUCAUAUUUCCACUUCCUUUCAGAGAAAUCAAUCUGAUGAAGGACAAAACACUCAGUCUUUCAGAUCUUCUUCAUGUGUUUUUCCCUGAAACUAAAGAAAUGGAGAUAUCCAGUGAUGAAUAUAAAGUGUUGUUCAUCUUUGAUGGUCUGGAUGAGUGUCGUCUGUCUCUGGACUUUAAGAGUGAAGUGAAACUGUGUAAUAUAUCUGAAUCAGCCUCAGUGGACGAGCUGCUGAUGAACCUCAUUGUGGGGAAUCUGCUUCCCUCUGCUCUCAUCUGGAUCACCUCCAGACCAGCAGCAGCUGAUCUCAUCCCCUCUGAGUGUGUCCAUCGAGUGACAGAGGUACGAGGCUUCAAUCAGCCACAGAAGGAGGAAUACUUCAGGAAGAGAAUCAGUGAUCAGAGUCUGGCCGACAGGAUCAUCUCACACCUGAAGUCAUCAAGGAGCCUCUACAUCAUGUGCCACAUCCCAGUGUUCUGCUGGAUCUCAGCCGCUGUUCUGGAGAAGAUGUUGAGUCGAGCAGAGAGUGGAGAGAUUCCCAAGACUCUCACUCAGAUGUACACACACUUCCUGAUCCUUCAGACCAACAUCAAACAUGAGAAGGAAUAUGAGAAGAAGGUGACAGAUGAAGACAUGAUCCUCAAACUGGGGAAAGUGGCUUUUAAGCAGCUUGUGAAAGGAAACCUGAUCUUCUAUGAGGAAGACCUGAGAGAGUGUGGCAUUGAUGUGACAGAAGCAUCAGUGUACUCAGGAUUGUGCACUCAGAUCUUCAGAGAGGAGCUGGGCUUGUAUCAGGGGAAAGUCUUCAGCUUUGUUCAUCUGAGCAUUCAGGAACAUCUAGCAGCUCUAUAUGUGCACCUCUCCUGGACAAACCACAACAGAAAUGUGAUUGACCAGUUCAACAAACAGAGUUUACGGUCUAAAGUGAAAGACUUGUUUCAGCAUGUUUCAUUAUCUGAGCUGCAUCAGAGAGCUGUGAAAGAGGCUCUACAGAGUAAAAAUGGACAUCUGGAUCUUUUCCUGCGGUUCCUUCUGGGUUUGUCAGUGGAGUCUCAUCAUAUUCUCCUUCAACGAAUAAUGAAGCUGAAAAGAAGCAGCUCUUACAGAAAUGAGGAAACAGUCAAAUACAUCAAGAAGAAGAUCAGGACCAUUGAGUCUCCAGAGAAAUCCAUCAAUCUGUUCCACUGUCUGAAUGAACUGGGUGAUCGUUCACUAGUGAAGGAAAUACAACAGUAUCUGAAAUCUGGAGGAAUAAAAGAAGCCAAUCUCUCUUCAUCUCAUUGGUCAGCUUUAGUUUUUGUGUUGUUGACAUCAGAAGAGGAACUGAAUGAGUUUCAUCUUGAUAAAUUUGUUAAAGAAAAGAAUAAUCCUGAAAAUAUGAAAGUUCUUCAGAAGUUGCUGCCUGUGAUUAAAGAAUCCAGAUCAGUUCAGUUGAGUGAUUGUGGUGUCACAGAUGAAGGUUGUUCUGCUCUGGCUUCAGCUCUGAGAUCAAACCCCUCACACCUGAGAGAACUGGAUCUGUCUGUGAAUAAACUAAGAGAUUCAGUGAAGCUGCUUUCUGAUGUACUACAGGAUCCUCGCUGUAAACUGGAGAAACUGAGGUUGAGAGAUUGUGGAGUCACAGAUGAAGGUUGUUCUGCUCUGACUUCAGCUCUGAGAUCAAACCCCUCACACCUGAGAGAACUGGAUCUGUCUCACAAUAAACUAAGAGAUUCAGUGAAGCUGCUUUCUGAUGCACUACAGGAUCCUCGCUGUAAACUGGAGAAACUGUGGUUGAGUGAUUGUGGUGUCACAGAUGAAGGUUGUGCUGCUCUGACUUCAGCUCUGAGAUCAAACCCCUCACACCUGAGAGAACUGGAUCUGUCUGUGAAUAAACUAAGAGAUUCAGUGAAGCUGCUUUCUGAUGUACUACAGGAUCCUCGCUGUAAACUGAAGAUACUGUGGUUGAGUGAUUGUGGUGUCACAGAUGAAGGUUGUUCUGCUCUGACUUCAGCUCUGAGAUCAAACCCCUCACACCUGAGAGUACUGGAUCUGUCGAGGAAUAAACUAAGAGAUUCAGUGAAGCUGCUUUCUGAUGUACUACAGGAUCCUCAGUGUAAACUGGAGAUACUGGGGUUGAGUGAUUGUGGCGUCACAGAUAAAGGUUGUGCUGCUCUGGCUUCAGCUCUGAGAUCAAACCCCUCACACCUGAGAGAACUGAAUCUGUUUGGAAAUAAACUAGAAUAUUCUAGUAAGAAGUUACUCUCUGAUCUGAAGAUGGAUCCACAUUAUAAACUGGAGACAUUAUCCUGUUGACUCUCAGUGUUUAGACGUCAGUUCAGUUUCCUCAGGAUCAGCUGAUGGUGAAUAAGGAGCCGCUUCAGAGUCACACAAUCAACACAGACUGUGUGAUGGGGACACAAGAAUUUAGAGAUGUUCAUUUUCCUGACCGACUCCUAACACUCGUUAUCUAAUUAUUGACUGUUGACAAAAUUAGAAUGUUACAUUAGAUUUAAAUUAAAUUGGAAUUAAUGUUUAUGUGACCCAUUGAAAGUGGACCCUUAACAGUUUCUAUUAAUGUAUUAUUAUUAUCUGUAUGACCAAAACUCAUUUUCACUGUAAGAAGGAAAACAAAAAAUCCAGUGAUUGCACACGGAUCUCAUGGGAAACAUUUGUAUUCCUGCAGAAUGAGAUGUUAAUAAGUUUCUCUUUAAAUACUUUUUUUCUAGAUUUUUAUGUUGUUUAUAACAAAUAGUUGUAUAGCUGCUUAUAUUUUCGGCUUUGUAUUUUACUCUGUUCUGAACAUCAUAAAAUGUAAAGGAUUCGCAAAUGAUUUUUUUUUUUCUCUCAACACAAUUUUGACUGAUAUGUGUACAGCAGAAUUUUUUUUUUAAGCUUUGUGGAGGAAAAAAAAGUUUUUAAUCUUUAUAAGUAGCUUUAUGUAAAACAUGGUCAUUGGUGACUUUGACUAAAUUCAGAUUGCUGUUAGAACAUGUAUUGCAAAUUAAUAAAUCAAGAGAU